AUGACGAGCAAUACAGCUGCAACCAAACCUGUAAAAUAUGAAAAGUACGAAAACAGAUAUCUCCCCCAAGACUUUAUUCCAGGAGAGACAGAUGUCGUCUGCGCCCGAGGAAAGUCAUAUUGGGAGCACCCUGGCAACAAAAUGUACCGAACAUUGAUUGCUGGAGCCACAGAAAAGUACUCUAGCACCACGAACAAGCUCGAAAAGACAAUGAUUGUCUCUGAGAUUGUCAAUGCUGUCCAUAAGCGACAAGGCAUGUUUGUCAAAAAGGAGAAGAAAGGUGGACCUUGGGUCGAAGUUGACGAAGUCUUUGCCAGAGAAAAGAUUGGUCAGAGUCUACGGGAUGGUUUACACGAUAAGUACCGUUCGGCAACGAAAGCCAAGAAGCAACGGAAGGAAAAGAUCAACGAACGAUUCAAUGGCGAUAUUGAUCGUGUGAUCCACGGAAAUGCCUCGGUAUCCAGAAGGAUCGAAGAUCUCACGAAAGAAGUCCGAAAGAAUGGGGCCCUGGCUUCGGAUUACUCCAUUGUAACGCUUUUCAGCAGAGCGAACUCAGACAUUUUGGAAACCAUCAAGAAGGAUUCGUCCAUGUUGCAUCAGUUCGAAGAUGCUACCGGGGCCUCCAAGGAAGAACAGUCGUGCUAG